AUGGCAGAACAUAUAGAUAAUAAUAAAUUAAAUGAUGAUGUUCGUUAUCGUUUUGAUUAUUUUUCCAAAUUUAUUAAUUUUACAUCUGAAGAUAUAAUAGCAUUAAAUACUUUAGCAUCAUCAGUACUUCCACUUAUUCCAGUUAUUGUUGAUUCAGUUUAUAGAAAAUUAUUUCAAUAUGAUGUUACAAAAGAAUAUUUUAUUAUAAAUAAUGAUAAAUAUGAUGGAACAUUAACAAAUAAUGAAAAUAUAUCAUUAGAAUCAACACAAAUGAUUUUUCGAAAAGAUAUGUUAAGUGGCUAUUUAAAACGUUUACUUUUACAACGUGAAUGGACAAAUGAAUUUCUUGAAUAUCUUUCUCGAAUUGGACGAAUGCAUACAAAUCAACUUGGAUCAUCAUCAAUUAAUGUUGAAUAUCUUCAUAUAAAUACAACAUUAACUUAUAUAGAAAAUCUUUUUAUUGAAAAUGUUUGUUCAAAUGAUAAUUUUGAUAAUUUAACAAAAAAAAAUAUUUUAUUAGCAUUAAAUAAAGUAUUUCGAAUUCAAAGUGAUUUAUUUAUUAUUUAUUUUCUUCAACCAUCAACAGAUCAUUUAUCAACACAAACAAUAAAACAUAAAUAUCAAAAAUGUACUUGUAGUUGA